AAAUAAAAACUUGGUAUGAAUACUUCAGGCAAUUCUAGGCAUCGCCGCGUAAAGAGUUCAGCUACGAAAGAGGUAGAAUCCCUCAUUAGGCGACCUCCCGCGAGAUUGCCAAGUACAAUGGCGUUUACACUAGUGGGUAAAAUUGUCACCGCGGUAGUGGUGCUAGCUGUCAUCGGCGGUAUGACAGCCACCAUCGUGUUGGUCGUCAACGAUUCCAGCAGUGACAGCGAAACUACGACUGCAGCGACUGAUACGACAAGUCCGACUGAUGCGACAAGUGCAGCUCCUUCUACUACAGAAAUAGUCGAUGAAAGCAUUCUCUACCGAGUCGGAGUCGGCAUUGCUGAUAUGACUGGACCUUGCGUAGAGAUUAAUUUCAUGGGUUACGCCGAAGUGUCUCAGAGUGGUGAAGGCCUCCACUUGCGCCAGUUCGCCAGAUCCUUCAUCUUUGUGAAGGGAGACACCAGGAUCGUGUUAGUCACAGCUGAGGUCCAGGCUGUGGGCAUUGCCGUUAGGCGAGAGGUCGUGAAGAGAUUACAAGAGUUAUACGGUGACACAUACAACCUGCGGAACGUGAUUAUCACCGGCACACACACUCACGCGGCCCCUGGAGGACACCUGGUCGACUUCAUACUGGAUAUCAGCAUCCUCGGCUUCUCACAGGAGACCUAUAAUGCCUACGUCGAAGGAAUAACAAGGAGUAUCAUCAGAGCCCAUGAGAGCAUAGUACCAGCGCGCCUGUUCUACGCCCAGACUAAAGUUGCCGACGCUCAUAGGAACAGGUCUCCUUACUCUUACUUAGCCAAUCCAGAAGAAGAACGGAUUCGCUACGAUGGCGACACAGACGACACGCUAACCCAGGUCAGGAUCCAGAAGGCGGACGGCAGCCUCCUCGGCUUGAUGAACUGGUUCGCGGUGCACACCACCAGUAUGAACAUGACCAACCACUUGGUCUCGUCAGACAAUCUGGGAUACGCUGCGCUUAGGAUGGAAAAAGAGCUGAAUCCUUUCAGUGUGGUUGGCAAGCCCCAAAUAGUAGCAGGAUUCUUCUCGUCAAACCUCGGCGACGUGUCUCCGAACACCCGCGACCCUCGCUGCGAGUUCUCUGGCAACGAGUGCGACAACCAGUACGUGAUCUGCGCCCACAUGGAGCGCUGCUUCGCCGAGGGACCUGGAGACGACAUGUUCGAGAGCACCAAGAUUAUUGGCACCAGAGUCUUCGAGGGGGCUUGGCAAGUGCUGAACUCCCCUGCUGAGGAGCUGACGGGAGAUCUGGCGGUGGUGCAUCAGUUUGUAGACAUGCCCGAACAAGUCGUUGCCAAGUACGAUCCAGUGGCACAAACCUUCAAAACUGACGAACCAGUUAAAGGAUGUUUUGCUGCUAUGGGAUACAGUUUCGCUUCCGGCACAAUAGAUGGCGCUAAUACUUUGAACAUUACCCAGGGUAAUUUGGAAGGCAACAAUCCUCUAUUGGACUUGGUGAGUGGUGUGGUGGCCGAUCCUACAGAAGAAGACAUAGAAUGUCACUCACCGAAGCCUAUCCUAUUCGCCACUGGAAGGGCUACCUUCCCCCUCCCCUGGCACCCUCGCGUGGUCUCCGUCUCCCUCAUCUGGCUGGCUGGUCUUGCGAUCCUGGGCGUUCCUGGAGAGCCCACCACCAUGUCCGGGCGGCGAAUGCGAGCGGUUGUCGGCAAUGUCAUGGAGAACCGCGGAAUUGAACCCAGAGUUGUGGUGUCGGGUCUUACUAACGAGUAUAUCCACUAUGUAGCUACUCCUGAGGAAUAUAUGAUCCAAAGAUACGAGGCCGCGUCAACACUCUACGGGCCAAACACACUGGACAUCUUCCUAAACAAAUUUAAUGAAUUUACAGUCGCUGCUAUUGAGGGAUUUGAUGUGGAAGCUGGUCCAGAGCCAGCGGACUACCGCAACAAUACUCUGUCCCUCAUCACACCGGUCGUGUUCGACGUGUCACCGAUCGGCAGGAAUUUUGGAGACUGUCUUGUUCAGCCAGAAGCAACUGUUAAGAGAGGGGACAUUGUUAGGGCUACAUUUGUCGCGGCCAACCCUCGCAACGAUCUGAAGCAGGAAGCCACGCACGCCGCCGUGCAGCGUCUGGAGCUCACCGAGUGGGUGGAGUACGCCAACGACGCUGACUGGGACACCAAAUUCAAAUGGAACCGCGUCUCGACACUACUCGGUACCAGUCAGGUGACAUUCGAGUGGCGAGUACCAGAGGACGCGCUGCUGGCUCGCUACCGUAUCGUCUACUAUGGGGCGUCGAGGAGUGUGUUCGGAUCUAUCUCGCCGUUCAUGGGAGCUAGUGAUAGCUUCACUCUUUAUUAAGGAAUCAAAAGGCUUACUCCAGUUGUUAAAGUACUUAGAAAAAUGGACAAAAUCUUGGUGUCUUUGUAAAAAUGUUAUUUAUGACUACUAAAAUAAAUUAGUCGUUUAUUGGUUAACGAAGAGCUUAUACGAGCCCGUCUAAGUUUGAGAAUCCGCGUGAUAUUUCUACUAA